GCAUAUUAUCUCCCCAAUUCAGCCGCAGCCUCUCGAAACACGAAAACAAAGAAGCCAUCAGAUGGAGAAAAGACUCUCAAAGAUUUCUCAAACCCUAAUCCCAUCCCCAAUCCAAGAACUCUCCCAUCUCGCCCAGCGAUGCGGCGCCAUCAACCUGGCCGAGGGCUUCCCCGACUUCGCCGCCCCGGCCUACAUCAAGAACGCCGCCGUCUCCGCCAUCAACUCCGAUCUCAAUCAGUACCGUCACGUGCAAGGCAUAUGCGACCUACUGGCAACCAGAAUGAAAUCAAGCCAUGGUUUGGAUAUAGACCCUGAUACAAACAUAGUGAUAUGUUGUGGCCAGACUGAGGCUUUUGCUGCGACAAUGUUUGCAAUAAUUGAUCGAGGUGAUGAGGUUUUGAUAUUGGAUCCUGCUUUUGAGACAUACGAGACCUGUAUAAGAUUGGCCGGAGGGGUUCCUGUAUAUGUGCCCUUGGAUCCACCGCAUUGGGCUUUGAAUGUAGAUAGAUUGAGAAAAUCUUUUACAAGCAGAACGAAAGCCUUGGUUCUAAACAGUCCUCACAAUCCAACAGGCAAAGUUUUCAGCAUGGAAGAGCUUGAAGCCAUUGCUGGGGCUUGUUGUGAAAUGGAUUGCUUUGCAGUUACAGAUGAAGUUUAUGAGUAUAUAACCUUUGACGCGAAAAAGCAUAUAUCUCUUGCCUCUCUUCCUGGAAUGCAAGAGAGGACUAUUAUCACUUCAUCCCUGUCUAAGACUUUUAGUGUUACAGGAUGGAGAAUUGGUUGGUCUUGUGCUUUAGCUAACAUAGCAUCAGCAAUAAGGAACAUUCAUGUCAAAAUUACAGAUUCAGCGCCAGCUCCUUUUCAAGAAGCUGCAUUAACUGCCCUGAAAAGUGCACCGGCAUACUUCCAGUCUUUAAAACAAGAUUAUGAGAGGAAGAGAGAUUACAUUGUUGAUGUUUUAGCUUCUCUUGGUCUCCAAAUUCGAUUCAAACCACAGGGAUCAUUUUUUGUGUUCACGGAGCUUCCCGAGACCUGGUUACUUUCCGAUGCUGAUUUUGUUAGAGAACUAAUAAAGAAAAACGGGGCGGCUGUACCUGGUUCUGGAUUCUUUCACUCAGCAUGUAACAAUGGCGAGAAAUAUCACAACCGAUAUGUAAGGUUUUCUUUCUGCAAGAGUGAUGCAACUCUUAAUGCUGCUGCUCAAAAACUGCGAGAGCUCGCAAGAAGCAAUGGAUUUUUUUGCAGAUGAUCCAGAACAAAGUUUUUCUUGAGCUAGAAUGGCAAUUGGAAAAGGCUUCCGGUGUUUGAAUUGCUUUCCUUAUUCAUUUCGGUGAAAAUCUUGUCUAGUUAACAUCAUUGAAUAAGUUGUCAAUCGGAUGGGGUUUCUGGAUUCUUGGAUUACGUGUCUCAGGCAUAUCUCCUACUCGGUAAUUUUGAAACCACGAAAAGAGUCCUAUAUAGAAGACUGCGAUGAGGAGAUCCUUUGAGCCUGUAUGUAUUCAUCUCAUGUGCUGAAGGAUUCUCUCAUCUUCUUAGACGAGCAGAAGUUACAAAAGUCUGUCCAUGGUGUAGCGGCCUGUCGAAGUGGCCUCGCAUCUCGCUUUCGUUGUAUUACAGACGAUAGCCUGCAUUUCGCCAGGGCAACAGAAGCAGAACGCGAGAAGUUGUUGGAGGUAAUUUUGAAAUGAUCCUCUUUGUUUUUGCUCUCCCAAAUGUUCUAAAUGCUAUCAAGCAGAGAUUGUUGAGUAUGAUGGGCGUGGAGAAGUUCAGGUGCAUGAUGAGCAUUUGGGACUUUCCUUCAACGAUAGGGGGAUUGAAAAAGAAUGUUUGGAAUUUUGAAAGAUAAAAAUGUUGAAGAAAAUCCGAGGAUGGAAAGAAAAAUUGUUGUUGAGAGCCCGAGGAAGGUUUUGUUACAGUCGGUGGACCAAGUGAUUCCAACUUAUGGCA